AUGACCAGUAGUAUUCGAAGUCUUAGAAUACUCGAUCUCCCAACAGAAAUUCUACUCUCUAUUACUCAGGAUAUAGACCCAGAAGACUCCCUUCGUCUCCUCCAAUGUUGCAGAGCUUUACACUGUCUCGGUGACAUAAAGGCUUUCUGGAUCAACGUCUGCACGCGUCUCCAGCAGCGCAUCCGUAUUCAUCGAAAGCAACUGCAAGACUUAUCAAUAGAUGAACUGCGCGCGUCUAUGAAGCGUGGUCUACGGCUGGAACGCAAGUGGUCUGGUGCACCUGAAGUUGAUCCGAGUCCAAUACGACGGAUUGUACUCGAUACAACGCAGCAUCACGUCGUCGGCGCUCGCGACAUUGCCGUGACUUGGAUCUGGUUUCUAGACGACGGAAAGCACGUCCUCUGCGUUAUCGAUGAUAGGAUCAUCCAGCUGUGGAAUAUACCGGUGAACCGCAUGCUCGUUUGCUUCUUUGUUGGUGGCGAGCUGGAGCGAGCUGCAAAGCAUAUCGUUGGUGAUCAUAUACUCAUUGCUGGGAGCGUUAGUCUGGAGGAAGAUGGUGUUCACGUAGAUCGUUUCCGAGUCUGGAAGUUGGAGAUAAACGAGUUUCCCACUGAGGAGGAGCCAACUCGUCUCAUCGACAUUAUAGUUCCGCAGCGAACAGAAUUCACGAUGGUCACCGACACGUUCGCUGGGGCCGUCUACCUGGAUUCACCCUCGUCAGCGAAAAGGAGCGAUCUGCAUCCAAACUAUUCAGAUGACCUACACAUGAUCCUGAUUGAUCUGGACUCAUCAUCAAGAUAUGUGCAAGCAUAUACGCCUCUUCGGUAUUUUGACAAGCACGAAACGAACUUGAGGAUGGAUCACUUUCGAAUCACGAAAUCAGAGACGAGGAUGUACGUCCACAUUACCACAGGGACUAUGGAUUUGGUCACGUAUGCCUACGACUUUCAACAAUUGGCAGCGGCUCUCCCGACGAUGGGGCCGCAAAGACCAAAACUUGUCAUUAAACCAUACCUCCUCGUUCACUACUCUCUACCACCACAUUUGUCCGCCUUAUUCAAUGAACCCACGUGUGGAUUCUGGGGAGACUCUUGCCUUUGGAAUAGGAGACAAAUCGGCAUGUUCGGUGCCUUCUCCCAAAUAAACAGCGAGAGCACAAUAAACGAGCUUGGUAUUACUCUCAGUGUCCUCGGCCUGGACCAUGAGGACCAGAUUGCAACUGUCCAGGACAAGCUGGAUGUGCGUCAUGAAGUAUACGACAUGCCAGUGAUCUAUGUCAUACCAGAGCACUACAUCAUGUCUCGGACGCCAGACGCCUUUGUAUUGGUGGGCCAGCCAAAGAAGAGUCGCAGUGUCGCCUGGGCAAUGACUGACCGGGACUCAGAUAGACAGAUCACAACACUCGCAAUCUCUCACUUCUCUACCAAGACGAUUCCGGAUUCAGGUGAUGAGGAUGUCCGGAUGCGACUGGAUGGUGAUACGGCCCCACCUCACCCCAUGGAUCACCACCCUUCUCAGGUGUCGAUGAACCGCGGCCAGGUUAUUCUGAUCGACACCGAAAACUGGAUUCUGGACAGCGAGGAAAUCCAUGACAUGGACCUGGAUGAUUUCCACGGACGAGUGGGGGUUGGGGCGGGAAAUGGUAAAGCAUUGAUACUAGAAUUUGUAUGA